CUCAAAGUAACCCCAAAUCGUAAUACGGAGCCGAGCGCCUCCAUUUUAUUUUUCAUUUAUUUCUCUUUUACAACGCAAAAUAUUAACAUUCGUUGCGAAAAUUACACGAAAACUAAGACUCUUACAUGAAAAUUUGCACAGUGGUGUGUCGGACAAUCAUUCAGUGGAUAAAAAAAAAACUAACAAUCAAGAAUUACGUAAUAUUUUUUAUAUCCAGAAGAUUGGAAAGUUUUUUGCUGUAAGAGCGACGCGAGGAGCAGCGAUGCUCGUAUCGGAGCGCUAGGGCAUGCUCUGCGGCGCCAUCUGGUCCGCCGCGCCGGUGAGCCUGCGCGGACUGGCGCCGCCGCUGCCGCCGCGCCCAGCCCUCCUCGCCGCGCUCGUCAUGCACGCUCUGCAUGCCAGCGAUGAAUCCAGCUUCAUAGAGAAUGGUCUACUCUCGUACGAGAAUCCUAACUACCACUUGGACCCGGCGCGCCUCGAGUCCGCGAUAUACAGCGACCUCUACGACAUGCACGACGACAAAGACAUGCCUCUAGAUUACGACAAUUAUCUCGACAAUAGAAGAGUCGAAGACGAAGCGUCUUCGCCCGUAAACAAAGUAAACGACAAAAGCGGCCUCAUCACGCCGCCCCAACAGAAUGGCGGCGGGGAUUCUCCCCCUCCGGAAAAAGAGAGGGCUGAUCAGGAGGACAAUGAAAAGAGUCACUCCGGUCCAGUCCCCCACUGUGCGGAGGGACCUAACGACGACCUGUACGCCAUACCUGUCAAAUUGCGUCCCAAGAAAGAAACACUGCCUCCAGGAUGGGAGAAACAUGAAGACAAUGAUGGUCCUUACUAUUGGCACAUAAAAAGCGGGACCAUUCAAAGAGAAAUACCAAAAAUGCCACCUAUAGAGGCCAGAGAGUCUCGCAUAUCCAUGGUGCGAGACUGUUCGAACUUGUCAGAUAUCAAGUAUGAAGGAGCUAUGACGUCGUCCGUCACCAGGAGUACCACGAGCGGUGCUUUGGAUCAUGUCGAUCAAGAUUAUGAAAGGAAACGAAGAGAGGAAGUAGCUUACAAACGCCGCAGCUAUCCCGUCCGUCCCGAGCAAGAAGGGCGCGCUGUACGUUUCUUCGUUAGAUCUCUCGGCUGGGUUGAGAUCUCCGAGGCUGACCUCACACCGGAGCGCUCAAGUCGUGCAGUUAAUAAGUGUAUCGUGGACUUGAGCCUCGGCCGCAAUGACUUGCUGGAUCAAGUCGGCCGCUGGGGCGAUGGUAAGGAUCUAUUCAUGGAUCUAGAUGAUGGAGCCCUUAAGUUGAUCGACCCAGAGAGCCUGAACACGCUGCACACACAACCUAUACACACGAUCCGCGUGUGGGGAGUCGGCAGGGAUAAUGGACGUGAAAGAGACUUCGCAUACGUGGCUCGCGACCGCGUGACGCGCAAGCACAUGUGCCACGUGUUCCGCUGCGAGGCGCCCGCGCGCUCCAUCGCCAACGCGCUGCGGGACAUCUGUAAGCGCAUCAUGAUCGAGCGCUCGCUGCAGCCGCCGCCGCGCCCCACCGACCUGCCGGCCGCCCGGCGACCGCGGCCAUUGUCCGGAGCAUCAUUCCCCACUCCCAUGGAGGAGCCUCGGAAGACAGUGAGAGCGAGAUAUCUGGGCAGUGCGGAAGUCCCGCGAGCCACUGGAAUGGACGUUCUCAACGACGCCAUCGACCGACUGGCGGCGGCCCGAGCGCCCUCCGCCUGGAGACCGGUCGCCGUCGCAGUCGCACCCUCCAUGAUCACUAUUACAGAAGAAGGGGAGAGCAGUCCGCUGGUGGAGUGCCGCGUGCGCUACCUGUCGUUCCUGGGCAUCGGGCGCGACGUGCGGCGCUGCGCGUUCAUCGUGCACACGCCGCAGGACCAGUUCGUGGCGCACGCCUUCCACGCCGAGCCCUCCUCCGGCGCGCUCUGCAAGACCAUCGAGGCCGCCUGCAAGUCAACUCCCAGCGAUCCACGACGAGGAGCGCACCGCGUAGCCGCCGCUCGCGCGACACUCGCGCCCCUCCCGCGCCUCUCCCGCGCCUCUCCCGCGCACCUCUCGCGCCACUCCCGCGGCACUCUCGCGCCUCUCUCGCGCCACUCUCGCGCCGCACCGCUGAUCCGCUUCCCGCGACGAGUAUCGCUCCGUUAUUAUUUCACGAUGUCCCAUCAAUGCGGUUAAGAUAUUAGUGUUAAGUCAAUGAUAUAAACCGAUGUAAUAAUUUUACGUUCUCGUUUCAAAUAUGUACACGGUAUACCGUAUGAUAUAAUGUAUUAUCAAAAUAUAUAAUAAUCUUUCAGGGCUAUAUAAUAUACAUUUUAAAUAUAGAACUCGAAUAUUUGUUGACAUUUAUUAAUAAAAUAAAUAACUGUGACUGAUUGUAUUCCAAAUGUUUCAAACUUGUUUAAUUGUUUCGUUUUUGAACACAAAGGACUUAACCUAUAAAUGUUGUUUAGGAUGUGACUAGUUGGACGAUGCUGUCUCCGUCUUUUGAAUGUUAAAUCAAUGCUUAAGAAAGAGACAAAUUAGAGUUUAAUUGAACAGCUGCUAAACAAUGUUUAAAAGUAAGUCCGUAAUAGUUUUGGGUUAUGUUAUGAUUUUGCUGCGCAUCCCUGUUACAAAACUCAAGUGUGGAUAAGUUAUUAUAGCACAAAUAAAAAGUUUACAAUCACGCCGUUUGCUGUUCUUCGAUUUUCAAACUAUAUAACUAGAAUUUGAAUGAGUUGUUAAAACAAUACAAAAUCGAAAAUGAUUCUAAAUAAUUUAUAAAUGUAUUCAUACGAAAUGUUUUGAUUAAAUACAUUUUAUAUACAUAUCUAAUAAUACGAUAAAUUAAUUUUGUUAGUAAUCGAUUAAGCAUUAUAUAAACAUAUAUCAUUCACAAGAGUCACGCUUUCACACAAAGUUAGGAUUCGUUCACACUUUGAUAUCGACCACGCGUUAUUUAAGCCUAUUUGUAAAAAGCCUGCAAUAUCACUUCUUGUAAUAAUAAUCUGCCGUAUGCAUUGGUGUUUAGAAAUAUUGCAUUCAUAUUAAGUUGGUCUCAUAAUAGUUACCUUAUAAUAAACUAGUCGUAGAGCGUUAUGGUUUUGUAAAUUUUAAGGCGAUAUAAAUAAUUUUAAACGAUAUUUCUAUUCGUAUUGGUCCAGUCGAAUAGAUACAGAAUAAAUAAGUCAUUUGAAAUAAUUAUUUGACAUUUAAAUAGAGGACUUGAUAUCGUCUGUUCAGUGUAAUACCUUUGCCUUUUUCAAGGGAAAGAAUAAAAAAAGAAUAUUUGACAUGUGUCGAAAUAGAAAUUUAAAUGUCGUAUAUUAUUAAACAUUGACUAUUCCUGUAACAAUUUCAAAAUUUCAGCCACUUAAAUGCACAUAUAACAGUUGCAGUAUUAAAUACAUGUUUUAAUAAUAAUUAAAAUGGACAUUAGUCAGUAAAUAUGGAUAGAUAAUAAACGAAGGCGAGGGGAGGAUGUAAAUACAGUUGUAAGCUUGGAUGGAAUUCGAUUAAUUUUAGUGUAGCUAAUGGAUUGAUAUUCGGUAAUUUUCGACUGGAAACAACAAACGAAUGUUUUGUUGUUUCCAGUUGAAAAUGUUUUAUUGUGAGCACGGUAUGAAGAAAUUUUGUCACUUAGGGUGAUCGCGAAUUCUGCUACUGAUUUCGUUUAUUUCCAAAGUCAUUUAACUAAUCAUUUAUUUAGACAUUUGACUAAAUUCGUUGAUUGUUUUGACAUUAUUUCGUUUUUUUAUUAGUGUAAUUAAAAAUGUAUUGUUCUAAUUGUCAUCAGUAGCUCUAUAAGCGUUCACUCUUUCUUGAUUUCUGAAAUCUGAUUGGUAUUUCACGUUGGAUGUAGAAUAGUUUAUACAAAUAGGACCCUACGUGUAUAGGUAAAGAGUUUAUUUUUGCUUAGGCUUGUAUAAAAAUGUAUUGAAUUGCAAAAGAUAAAUAUUUUUGGUAAAACAUCGCGAUGGAUAUCGUUAUAUUCAUAUAUUUACGACGCGUAGCUUAUCUAAAUUAGUUUUUUGACAUUAAAAUGUCAUAUACAGACGAUGUAAUAUUUAAUAACUGUUCACAGAUCUAUUUAUUUGCCAAUUAGGCUAGUGAUGUGCCGACACAGACAUUUUUGGUAUUCGAUUGUUUUAACGUUAAUAGUCGUAAGCCCAUCUCCGACCUUUACCUUUAAAUAAAUAAAAUUUAAAUAAAAAAUAAUCCCGAAGUCGCGUCUCACUCGAUUACCUAUUACGAUCGACUGCCUUAAUGUUUCUUACUUGCAAAAACACGAGCAAUUAGAAAAAAAUAUUAGCCAGAAAACUUAAAUAUAACUAGUAUUCAGUCAAUAUGAAAAUAAAAACGAUAAAAUUUGAAAUAUUGCAUAGUGCAAUAAUAUAAAGGUGCAUUUUAUCACUUGAUUCAGCAAUCGACUACUAAUUUAUUAAAAUAUGUAAUCUAAAUCCUUAUUCGAGUUUGUGUCCAUCCGAAUAGUUCAGUUCGAGAACUGACAAGGUACUCGAUGUGUUUGUCUCGGCACAAAACUAAAUUUGGCUAGAAUCAGAAAGAUAUUUUAUAACGCAAGCCUCAUACUACAAGGGUGUCUGAAAUCGUUGAGCUUUCAAUAACUAUAUAUUUGUAUUAAAAGUUUUAAAUUAUUCGCGAUAUGUAGAUACAUACGAGCUAAAAUGUUCUAAACACCAUUUUGUGAAGUUUAAACAAAACGAUGAUUUUAAAUGACAGCUGUUGCUAGUUAACAGCUUAAAUAGUUUUUCUAAAAUCAAGCGAAUAAUUAUUUGUGUAUAUAAAGCAAUGUGGGACCCACAAAAGCCGAAAGCGAAUAAAUUUGAAAGCACUGAAUCUGAAAAAGUAUAAUAAUAUUGUCUUCUGUGUCUAUACCACUUAAAAUAGAUCUAAAUGUACGUAGAGAGGUACGUCAAUGACCUUUUGCCGCCAUCUUGAAUGUGUUCCGUCGAGUUAUUUAUUUCAAACAUUGUGUGAAGUACAACUAGUAUUCUAUUUGUUCGCUAAAAGGUCAUUUUCGUGGCUCGACAUAGACUAAGGCGUUCGUUAGAUAUCACAAAUUAGCUUCAAAAUAUACAUAUUUCAAAAUACCUAUUAUUAGUGAUCAAUGUUGCUUGUCGUAUAAAUACGUCAUAAUAUAAAUGAUUACACGGAGCUGUUCUUAUUAUACGUAAAUAUAGUUUUAUUCACAUGUUAACAGUAAGUAAUUAAUGCCAUUGUUUAUACAAGAUGAUAUUCAUAUAUAAACCGGUCGUCGACGCGAGCUGGCCUAAAAUUUCAUAAUAACAAAACAAUCUAUUAUCACAAAGUUUGUAAUAAAAACUCAGAUUAUUAAGAUAUUUCUAAAUACUUAAUCAGCGUUAUACAACGUUUAUGAAGCGGCGUUUAAACGCUGCGUUUCAGCCGCUCGUGUGGACGCCCUUACGCAAUAGGUCGAUUGCAAGCUUGACUGCCCGUUAUCGGACGAAGUAUAUGUCAAUAUUUUCUAUAAAAUAUAAAACAUUUAUAAAGUAGUUUAUAGAUAGCUUUACAAUUCAAGUUUCUAGCUCACCGAUGGAUUGGUAAUGAUGGGAGUUAAAAUUCGAACCGUCAUCGCUUUGACAGCUUAAAAGCCUUAAAGAUUGUGGCUUUUAAUAAAUAAUUUUGUGAAAUUAAUAAAAAAAUAAUU